AUGGAAUUCGAAACAGUGGUUGGGUAUCAACUUUGUAUAUUUGACGCACACCGAGUCAGUUUUGGUUUCUACACUGAUCUAACGUCCGUAAGGCUAGUAAUCAAGAUGGAUGAGGUGGACUCUGUGAAAAAAGCCACAUCAAGAGCUCACAAAGCAGUACAAAGAGCUGAGGACAAAAAAUCUAAAAAACGUCACAUCCCAAUUGUUGACCGAACCCCUCUUGAGCCACCACCCAUUAUUGUUGCAAUUGUUGGUCCACCAAAAGUUGGUAAAACAACUUUGCUUAAAUGUAUUACAAAAAAGUACAGUCAUCAGAAACUUUCCGCUGUCAGUGGACCAGUCACUGUAGUGUCAGGCAAGCGGCGUCGAUUAACUUUAAUAGAAUGUAACAAUGAUAUUAACUCAAUGAUUGACAUUUCUAAAGUGGCUGAUCUGGUUCUUUUACUUGUUGAUGCUAGUUUUGGAUUUGAAAUGGAAAUUUUUGAGUUUCUUAAUAUCUGUCAAGUUCAUGGUUUUCCUCGAGUGAUGGGCGUUCUCACCCAUUUGGAUACUUUCCGAGAUGGCAAGCAAUUAAAAAAAGUCAAAAAAAGACUUAAAAACAGGUUCUGGACUGAAAUAUACCAGGGAGCCAAAUUGUUUUACUUGUCUGGUUUGGUUAAUGAAGAAUACCAGAAUCAAGAAGUGCAUAACCUUUGCAGAUUUAUUUCUGUUAUGAAAUUUCGACCAUUACAAUGGAGGAUCAGCCAUCCAUACAUGCUUGUAGACAGAAUGGAAGACAUUACAAAUCAAGAAGAAUUGAGAAAGAAACCAAAAUGUGACAGAACUCUUUGUGUGUAUGGAUAUUUGCGAGGAACGCACUUAAAGAGUACGACUAAGAUUCAUAUUCCAGGCUGUGGGGAUCAUUCCAUUAAUGAUAUCCAGUUUCUUCCUGAUCCUUGUCCAACACCUGACCUCAGUAAAAAACAGUCCUUAAAUGUUAAACAAAGGCCAAUAUAUGCACCAAUGUCUGGGGUUGGAGGAAUCAUCUAUGAUAAAGAUGCCGUUUACAUUGAUAUUGGGCAAAAAGAUGCAAACAAAAAGAAUGAAGAAGAUGAACACGACGAACCUGGAGGUUUGUUAUCAGGUUUAUUGAAUGUCCAAGACACGAUUGAUUCAAAGAUGUCAGCAAGUCAAAUGACACUCUUCAGCAACACUGCUCCUUUGACAGAUCUGCAAGAGCUAGAACUCAAAAAUGGUGGUCAUGAAGAUGGUGAUGAGGAAAACAGUGACUUUGAUCAGGAAGAUGAAGAUGAUGAUGAAGAGGAGGAGGAGGAGGAAGAAAGUGCUGAUGAUGGUGAUAGUGACAGUGAUGAAAAAGAAGACCUAGAAAAUACUGAAAGUGAACAACCUAAAGCAAAGAAAAUGAAGUUGGCGGAAGAUUCCAUGUCAUCAGCAUCUGAGGAUGAUGAUGAUUCUGAAAAGAGUGAAGAUUCUUCUGAUGAUGAUUUGGAAAAAAGUGAAGAUUCUUCUGAUGAUGAUGAUCAAGAAACAGGUCAUCUCAAAUGGAAAACUGAUUUACUUAAAAAAGCAUCCUCUUCCUUUCGGGAUCGUCAGUUGGCAAAGAAGAACUAUAAGAAACUCAUUUAUGGAGAUGAUGAAACUACAUUGUCUGACAAAGAGGACAGUGAGGAUGAAGAAAUUGGAGGCUUGUUUAAAGUGAUGCGGAAGAAAAAUGAAGCAAGUCGCUCAAAAAGGGAUUACCAUGGCUUUGACUGCUCCAGAUUUGUAGUUGGCCAUAUCCAGGACUGGACAUUAAGUGAAGUUCAGGAUCAGAUACAAGAUUGUUUUGUUACUGGAAAAUGGGAAAGUCAUGAAGAUGCUGAAACCUUGUUGAAAGAUGACGGUGAGUUUACAGUUUUUUAA